AGAGAGAGCCCGGAGCAGCCAGCGCAAUGUCUGCAUCUACUACAGACAGCAGCUUGGCUCCUCCCACUGCGGCCCCUCCCUCUCGCCUGAGCCUGGGAGUGGUAGACAUCGCUGUGCUGGUGGUAUACUUUGUUUUCGUCAUGGCAGUGGGCAUCUGGUCGUCGAUGCGGGCCAAUCGCAGUACAGUGGGCGGGUACUUCCUGGCGGGCCGCUCUAUGACCUGGUGGCCGAUCGGGGCAUCGCUCAUGUCCAGUAACGUGGGCAGUGGGUUGUUUAUCGGCCUGGCUGGUACCGGAGCUGCAGGGGGCCUGGCUGUGGGCGGCUUUGAGUGGAACGCAGCAUGGGUGCUGGUGGCCCUGGGCUGGGUGUUCAUCCCGGUGUACAUCUCAGCUGGAGUACUGACCAUGCCCGAGUAUCUGUGCUUGCGCUUUGGAGGGGCUCGCAUACGCAUCUACAUAUCUCUCCUGUCCCUCAUCCUCUACAUCUUCACUAAGAUUUCGACAGACAUCUUCUCGGGUGCGCUCUUCAUCCAGGUGUCUCUGGGCUGGGACCUGUACCUGUCCACAGCUGUACUCCUACUGGUCACCGCGGCAUACACCAUCGCAGGUGGCCUGUCUGCGGUCAUCUACACUGAUGCCCUGCAGACAGUCAUCAUGGUUGGCGGGGCGUUCUCCCUUAUGUUCAUAGCGUUCUCGCAGGUGGGCUGGUACGCAGGUCUGGAGCAGCAGUACCCGAAUGCAAUCCCCUCGGUCAUGGUGCCAAACUCCACAUGUCACCUGCCGCGCUCUGACGCCUUCCACCUGUUGAGGGACCCUGUGACCGCAGACCUGCCGUGGCCCGGCCUCAUUUUCGGCCUCACUGUGCUCGCCACUUGGGUGUGGUGCACCGACCAGGUGAUAGUACAGAGGUCCCUAUCAGCAAAGUCUCUGUCCCAUGCCAAAGGUGGCAGUGUGCUGGGAGCCUACCUCAAACUGCUACCCAUGUUUUUCAUCGUGAUGCCUGGGAUGAUCAGCCGUGCUCUGUACCCAGAUGAGGUGGCCUGUGUGGACCCAGAGUUGUGUCAGAAGGUGUGUGGGGCGGCAGUGGGCUGUUCAAACAUUGCAUACCCCAAACUUGUGGUGGAACUCAUGCCUUCAGGUCUGCGCGGCCUCAUGUUAGCGGUGAUGUUAGCGGCACUCAUGUCGUCCCUCACCUCCAUCUUUAACAGCAGCUCCACCUUGUUCACCCUGGACUUGUACCAGAGGCUUCGCCCAGCGGCCAGUGAGAGGGAACUUAUGGUGGUGGGAAGGCUCUUCAUCCUCUUCCUUGUCUGUAUCAGUCUGCUGUGGAUUCCGAUCAUUCAAACAGCGAACAGUGGACAACUCUUUGAUUACAUUCAAUCAGUGACCAGUUUUUUAGCCCCACCUAUUACAGCCGUUUUCCUAUUGGCCAUUUUCUGGCCACGAGCUAAUGAGCAGGGGGCGUUUUGGGGGCUGAUGGGCGGGCUCCUCGUAGGUGGUAUCCGAAUGGCUCUGGAGUUCUCAUACCCCGCUCCGUCGUGUGGGCAGCCUGACCUGAGACCCACAGUCCUGGCACAGAUGCAUUACCUGUACUUCAGUCUGCUCCUGUUCACUCUGACCACGCUCCUCAUCUGUGGUAUCAGCCUGGCCACGGAGCCCAUCCCUCCUCAGUGUUUGCACCGGUUGACCUGGUGGUCCAGGCACAGUCAGGAGCCCCGCUUGGGGCAUCCAGGUGAGACCUUUGAGGCAGGGAGACCCCGGGCCCCCAGCUCAGAGCCUCAGGCACCCAGGAGCUGGUACUGCAGGGCCCUUCUGUGGGUGUGUGGUCUGACAGGGAAGAGCAGCUCUUGUGCGGAGCCUGACUGCAGUACCCUGGUGUCCUUGAGGGAGGAACCACUGUGGAGACACGUGUGUAACAUCAACGCUCUGCUGCUGCUCACAGUCAAUGUCUUCCUGUGGGGGUACUUCGCCUGAGCAUUCCCCCCCCCUUGAAGCGCAAGACACUUCAAUCAUCCUGAAUGUGAUGUGAGAAUCGGUGGUGAAAAUAUUUUACCACCAUAUAGUGUGAGAAGCUCAUACACUGCACACUGCAAACAUUAUUCCAGCUGAAAAUAAAUAAAUAAAAAUUGGUUUUAAAUAUUUGAGCCACAGUAGUUUAUUGGCUGUUUUCAGAUUGUAGAAUGUGAUGAAGUCAUAUUGCCUUAUUCUUAGAUGGGGCAAAAGACAGUUUUUAAUUACAUUGUACUUUGCCAUGAAAUAUCUAAUAGACAAAUUCACAAAUGUUCAUCCCUGAUGAUUUCUAUGAGUGUAAUUAACUUAUUGUAUUACAACAAAGAAAUGCAUUUUAACACUACUAAUUUUAGUUGUCCCCCAUUUGUAUUAAAGCAUUGCCCGUUAGAAUGUUGUGAUGUCACCUGAAACCCAGUAAUAAUUUACAGUUUUAAUAAAAACAUUUACUAUAGUCACUUUAAGUCUUUUUCAAAGUGUAUCAAAUAAAAGUGGCAUAUUAAUCUGAUGGUUCAU